AUGGUAACCUCCAGUGAUGGGUUAUCUCCCAAAAACAGAAUACUGCUGAGCAAGAUUGCUAAGGAAGUAACAUUGUCGUUGACAAGCCCAGCCUCGGAGUUUGUAGAUCUGGUGAUAGAGUCUUUGAUGUACCCAAGAGGUAAUGGGAACUCUGUUAUGAAUAUACUGUGCGGGGAAGGCUCUUUUCCGGAUGAACAACAACCUGAAAUUGUCAGCCAAGACUUGGGGAUGGCUUGCUUGUUGGAUGCGGUCCAUACAAGACAGCUGCUGCUGAGGCUGGUAUCGAAUAUCGACAACAUUGAAAUGGUCAAGGCGCAGUUCAGUCUGCUGGAGGAUAUCCACAGUGCUUUUGUACAUCUGUUGAGACAGCUGAGCAAACAAAUUGAGAUGUCGUCCUGUCCCGACUUUUUUAGAGAUCUGCUGAAGGAAAAUGUGGCUUCAUUCCGUCACGCAUUCGAUGGGUUCCAGGCUCUGGACAACAUCUUACACCAAUUGGUUAUUGACGCCGAGCACACGGGUUCGGUAGACGGUCAACAUUUUAAAAUGGAUUGCAAGACUACCGAAGGCAUCAAGACGUUCACUCUGGACAAUGCCAAGUGGUUUGAGGACCUAAUGCUCAGUUCAAGGGCUCUGAGAGAAUACCUCAUCCUACAGGACUAUCAGAACGGCGCAUCUUCCUCAGAAGACCUCUCCAAAGCGAUGGCCGCUGCAAUACGAUCACCGGAUUUCGGCACCUACCGGCAGAUACGAAAGUCGAAACUCAAGAUUUCGCACCGCAAAGUGUUUUGA